GGAGAUGCUAAUAAUAUAUUCAAAUCUUCAAGCAUUGGACUCCAUAUUUCACCCAGAAACCCUCAUUUAAUAUAUCACUCCAGUACAGUCACUCUUCUCGACCUGCCAAACCUGCCAAAAUCUGCCACCCGGUCCCCCGCGUCAUCGUCCUAAAAAACCAGCCACCAGUCCUUCUUCGCUCGUCGCUCGUCCAUUUUCAACUCCGCUUUCCACGUGCCGGCCACUUUUGACCUCUGGAUUCUCUCUCUGAUCAUUCACCUGCCCCCUUCUAUUAUUUUUUUUCCUUUCUUCAUUCCAGACCUCCUCCUCCUCCUCCCUCCCAAAUUUUGACGACCCUCCCCCAGACUUUUGGGACCGCCACAACCACGUUAUUAUAAUCCUCCGCCGAAUCAGAGAAUUACUGCCGGUCUCGGUCUGCCCGCCCCGACCGUGGCCUCUACGGGUCGCUGUCAAUUCACCCCCCAAUUGGCCUUGGAAAAUUCUCCUGAUUCUCCCCCCUCUCCUCGGCCCAAUUCCAAUCUUAAUCUUGUCCUGUCACCCCCCAACUCCGACAGCGACCAACCCGACCUGCCCACCAUGAGUUCGGAAAGUAAUUUCUCGUUGAAAUUCCGGCGCCCCUCCAGCAAAUUGCACAAGGAUCCCCCUAGCUUCAGUUCGCGCAUUCUUCGAAGUCAUCAAAGCGCCACCUCGCUCAAGCGUCACCCCUCUGCCCCCGUUUACCCGCGCUCCUCUCCCAGUGGCAGUCGCGAGCACGUCCGAUCGCGAUCCAACGCGGCGUUUGGCUCUUCAUCCUCCUCCCUCGAACAGCAUAGCCAACAUAGCCAGCAUAGUGCUGGCCCGUCCCCCGUCGUUGAUGAGGGGUCCUCGACCUAUUUCCCCAGUUUCUCCAGCUCCUCGCGCUCCCGGACUCGAAGCUCCAACCGCUUCUCCUAUAACGAACGCAGCUCGGAUGACAAUAAUUCCUCCUUUGAAACGCGGGGCAUGCUCAGUGCGCUAGAUGAGAAUAUCGCCGAACCCGAUCAUCUGCCCCAGCAUUAUCAACCGCACCCACAGCCUCCGACAUUGCGCUCCCAUCACACCAGUCCCGACGAUCCUCGCGGCCGCCAGACUCUCCGACAAUCGGCCAGCUUCACGGCCCUUCCGAAUCGGAUGAUGGACUCCUUUGCGCAUCGGGAGACGGAGCGAUCUCACCACGAUAAACGCUAUUCCGAUGAGGUUCAUAAUGGCAGCCCGGCCCCAACCCCUCCUCGGGCGGGAAGAAGCAAAAAAGCCAGCUUCUCCAGUUUCGUUAACAGCAUGCUCGGUUCGCCCCGCAACAUCAAGAUUUCGGCCCCGGAGAAUCCGGUGCAUGUAACGCAUGUGGGAUAUGAUAAUCAGACCGGCCAGUUCACCGGUCUGCCCAAGGAAUGGCAGCGGCUGCUGCAGGAGAACGGUAUCUCCAAGAAGGAACAGGAGGAGCACCCGCAGACAAUGGUGGAUAUUAUGCGAUUCUACGAAAAGAAUACGCGGGGGGAUGAUGACGAAGUAUGGCACAAGUUCGAUAACGCAUCAUACAAGCCCUCCACAACGACUCCAGCGACGGGAACAUCGCCCCCCGGUAGCCCCCGAUUCCCUCAGAAUCACGAAGGCAGCUUUGAAAACCCACGAUCGCCGCCUCCCAUUCCUCGUGGUCCUCCCGCAGUGUCGCCAGCUACCGCCAUGUCUCCACCUUUGGGUGGUCUGGUCCCGCAUCGUGCGCCUCCAAAGCCUCCGACCGGGAUGACCCCAUCCCGUCCACCACCACAACCUCCCGUAUCGCAAGCCUAUGGUGCUCCACCGCAGCGAGCGACUCAAGAUCCAUAUGGCGCAUCAUUUGCUGCACCACCCAUGCCCGACGCAGUGCCCACGACCUCCGGAUCGCCCAAGCCCAGUCGCUCCAACUCCCGCGCUGGUGUCCCGGCUCCAAAGCACAACGUGAUCGCUUCGCCGACACAAUACCAGCAGCAACAAGAGCAGGUGAUGGCAGCUGCCCAGCAGGCCAUUGCCUCGAAACAGCUCGAUCGGAGCACGAGUCAGCGCACGCAGCAGCAACCACCUCAACCACCACCCUUGGCUACGAAUAUCGGCCCCUCGUCCGCGGAUCCUUCGCCUGUUUCUGCUUCGCCCAACACCCGUGCUCCGCCCGCAGCUCGCCCACGGCAACGCCAGCAGCGUCAGAGCAAUAUUAUGGAUGUACGCCAUCGUCUGCUUCAGAUUUGCCAUCCCGGAGAUCCCACACAAUUAUAUCACAGCUUGAACAAGAUCGGCCAGGGUGCUUCCGGUGGUGUUUAUACAGCGUAUGAGACCGGUACCAACAACUGCGUGGCCAUCAAGCAGAUGAAUCUCGACCUCCAGCCGAAGAAGGAUCUAAUCAUCAACGAAAUCCUUGUGAUGAAGGAUAGCAAGCACAAGAACAUCGUCAACUUCUUGGAGAGCUUCUUGCACGGGCUGGAUUUGUGGGUUGUUAUGGAGUAUAUGGAGGGUGGCAGUUUGACGGAUGUGGUCACCUUCAACAUUAUGAGUGAAGGGCAGAUCGCCGCUGUCUGUCGCGAGACCUUGAGUGGCCUUCAGCAUCUGCAUUCCAAGGGUGUCAUUCAUCGUGACAUCAAAUCCGACAACAUCCUGCUCUCGUUGGAUGGUAACAUCAAGCUAACCGAUUUCGGUUUCUGUGCCCAGAUCAAUGACUCCCACAACAAGCGCAACACCAUGGUCGGAACCCCCUAUUGGAUGGCGCCCGAGGUCGUCACUCGUAAGGAGUACGGUCGCAAGGUCGACAUUUGGAGUUUGGGUAUCAUGGCCAUUGAGAUGAUUGAGGGCGAGCCGCCUUAUCUGACCGAAUCGCCACUUCGCGCUCUCUACUUAAUUGCCACGAACGGAACCCCCAAAAUUAAAGAUGAGCAUCAGCUGUCACACAUUUUCCGCGACUUCCUCCACUUGGCCCUGAAGGUCGACCCGGAGAAGCGUGCUUCUGCUCACGACUUGUUGAAGCAUCCCUUCAUGGGCCUGUGCUCUCCACUAUCUCACCUCGCUCCGCUGGUCAAGGCUGCGCGUAUCAGCCGCGCCCAAGAGAAAGCGCAGAAAGGUGGCGCUUAAACGACUAGAUUUCCCUUCCUUCUUCGAUGUCAAUGUUUCGGUUCCUCAUUUCCUUGAUAUUUCAUUACGUCUCCCUCUUCCCGUCUCGUUCAGAUACCCCGUCACUCCCGAUGUUCUUUUCUUCUAGAUUCCGGCAUGUCAAUAUAUUUCGCAUCACCAUGUCGUUGGAGUCCGUCUCUUUUUUUUUCUACUGAUCCUUCCAUUAUAUUCCCAUUCAAUUAUUCCAUUUUCAUAUCCACCCGCCUAUUUCCAUUUCCUUGUGACGAACAUUGUCCUUAUGCGAUGAAAAAAUAAAGAUCUACUCGAUCUUAUGCCUUUUUUUGUGACUUAUGGUCUCUGAAGGCUAGGGCGAAGCUGGGCUUUCUUUCUCUCUCUACUCUGUCCAUCUCAUUCUAUCUUCCGCCCUUUUUGUUGUGUUUCUACUCUUCCCUUCAACGGGGGUGUUUGUAGCAUUAUAUAGUUCUAUUCUCUGGCAUUUUGCCGUGCAAUCGGAGUAUAAUCUCUAGAAGGCGACCGAAAAGAGGGUUGAUUCUCGUCUAUUGCUUCCUCUGCUGCUUUUGCGUCAUAUGUCCUGAUCUCCUGGCUCUCUGCGGAGUGGGAUGAGAGUGCGCUUGGUUGCGCUUUUGGCGUUUUCGGAGGCUCGAUAUAUGUGGCCUUUAGCUCUGGGAAGACUUGUUCCUCACGUAUAGGUGUGAUCAUAUAUUAGGCCUUUUG